UCGAUUCCGAGCCGAUCAUCGAGUUCGAUCCAUCUGGUGCCCGAGUCGAUCCUAUCGAGGAUCCGAGACCGAUCGAAGAAGUCUGAGCUAUACCUCCAUCCUUCAUCCGAAUUAAUCGAGGGAGCGGAUAACUUGUGAAAUAUGGCUGAGAGACGACAAACCUCUGUCAUGACGGAGUACAAGGAUGGUAUGAAGAUCGUCACUACCACCACGAUUGUGACGACGAGAGCUGAUGCUCCGGAUCGCGAUGAGGCACUGGAGAAGCGCGCGGCUGUGCUCGACAGGAAUAAUAUCGCCGAUCCCUCGCCAGCGCCCCCGAAAGAAGAUUUCCAGAAGAAGGCAUUGGAGAGGCACAAUCACUAUCGGAGUAAGCAUGGGGUUCCGCCUUUGGAAUGGUGCUCGAAGUGUGCGGCGAAAGCGCAGGCUCACGCAGAUCACAUGGCUCAGACGAACAAUUUCUCUCACAGCACUGAAAAAGGUUUCGGAGAGAAUUUGUUCAACUCUUCAAGCUCAAGAGGACCUGAUAUCAACGCCGACAAAGCAGUCGACUCCUGGUACAACGAAAUCAGUGAGAUGAAGUUUGGUCAACCGGCUCCGAGCAAUUUCUCCCAGGUCGGACAUUUCACUCAGGUCGUGUGGAAGGAAACCACCCACGUGGGCAUGGCUUACGCGGUGAAAGGAAAUUCGGUGUUCGUUGUGGCAAAUUAUUUGCCGCCCGGGAACUUUGUCGGCAAGUUCCAUGAGAACGUGUUCCCGCCGAAGAACUAGAGAGGAGAUGAAUCGGUCCGCUCAUGCCAUAUAUCGUUAUCCUGGAGCCAGGGGCGUCCGCAGGGGGCUAUAGCCUCGAGUUCGUAAUACCAAGGUAUAGGGGCGGAUCGCCAUGUUGGAAAUCAGCUUCACGCGAGGACCCGAUCUAGCCCCCCCCCCCCCAACGAAGAAUCCUGUGGUCUCCACUGCGAAGGGGUCGUGUCCCCGCUUUCACCACGGAAGAGUUCUUAUAGCGAAGGGGCUCAUGAUGUGCUCCGGGAUUUCUGUGUCAAUAAAGCGCCGUCGAUCUCCCACCAUAA